AUGGAGGGACCCAGGGGUGAGGUCAGAGACCACACCCUUCACGCCACAAACUUCAACGAGGUGUAUCCCCUAUACCCCUGGGCUCGCAGAGAGAAACGUCUAGCAAUCUUUUCAACUUAUCCACCGAGACAUGCCCAUCGCUGCCCCGCUGGGGGUCAUCCGGUCCUGCUUUACCAGUCCGACAGAUCCUUUAGCUGGGACAGUAUACAGGUCGUCGGUUUCCACGUGGACACCGCCUUUGGAUAUCACCAAGGAAUCCGAGAGCUGUACAAGUGCGCCCGAGAAGUUUUCCGGAGCCAACCAACUCGUUUAUUUGUGCAUGGAUACUUUGUCCAUGGUUCUUCUCUCGAGCGGUGGGUGUUUGACCGAUCUGGCAUGUACUGCUCUGGGUCAACACCUUUUGACCCAAACUCGAUAUGGCCCGGCACCAUUAUGAACCAGUUGACUGUCGACGUCGUUAAGAACUACCAAUGGAUGAGCGACAUCGAGUUGGGCGUGAAUCCAAGCGUUCGCUAUGAUGUUAUAGGGAGUUUUAUUCCGGCUCAUGGUUACUAUCCUCAACCCAAGCUUUACCUGGAACGAACGCCGCUUGUGCAUCCCAGGAAGAUCGUGAGCCGAUGCACCAUUUGCUACCGAGCAAGGACGUUUGGUUCCGAGUACGAACAUGUGGUCAAGUUCUCAUGGCGGUCGCGAUCCCGAAGCCCGGAGGAAGAGAUGCUACGGCUUGCCAAGCAGCGAAACGUCCAGGGAGUGGUGCGACUGGUCAGCUAUCAUGUAGUUGAUGGAUCAUCCAACCUUUGUCAACGCUUGCAGCUUAUAAGGCACGGGGACUUCCCACGUGCUGAUCCAGCGGCUACGCUGUCAAGGGACUUGGACAUGUCCUGCCUGGUUGUCACCCCGUCCGGACGUCCCAUAUCAAAGUUCGACGACAUCCCAGAGCUACUCGAGGCCUUCCGCGAUGCCCUCAAGGCACAUCGUUCUCUAUACUUCGACGGUGGGAUUCUCCAUCGGGAUAUCUCCACUGGAAACAUUAUCAUCCCCGAUGUUGAGAAAGAAGGGGAACCGCGGGGAAUGUUGAUCGACCUUGACCUGAGCAAAGAAGUAGCAGAUCUCUCCGCUACAUCCGAACAGGUCGUUGGGACCAGACCCUUCAUGUCAAUCGACUUGAUGAAACACGGACAGCACUCGUGUCUUCAUGAUCUGGACUCUUUCUUCUUCGUCUUUCUCUGGGUUGUCAUCUGCCGAGACGACGAACCCUCAUCUGAGAGUGUGCUCGACGGUUGGAGCGACGGAAGCUUUGAUCACCUAGCAAGAAGAAAAGCCAAGGACAUCUCGUUAGACAACUUUCACGUCCUUGUAUCAGAGUUCCCGCCCUUGUUCAAGUGUCUCAGCAGGCUAGCGUACGAGCUGCGUGACAUGGUCGAUACCCCGUGGAAAUACAUUUCCCACCCUGGGCAGAAACGCCAAAUCGAGCGUCGGUAUGUUGAGAUGAUUGGCGCGUUUGAGGCGGCGUUGGGUGACUAUAUGUCGGGAAAGCUUGGGGAGGUUGAAGAGGAUUGA